AUGGAACAUGUCCGGAAGUGGACGUCCAUUCGCGAGCAAGCGGUCAUCGCCACAGGAACCAAUGUCUACAUCCCUCAGACAAUAUACCAACCAUUCACAGAGGCAGAUCGUGUCCGCUACAUAGAGAAAGCCGGCCUCAAGGAACCCAUCAUCUUUAUGACAGCACAUCCCGACCAGUGGGGCAUACCACUCGAGGAUGCACUGAAAGCCAAGAUGGAAGAUCUUCUCGAUAAAUAUGACAGCAUGUUUGAGGACUGUGGGCCCUCAGUGUCCAUCAGGCUUCAGUGGCCUGGAUACCGCUCGUGGACCAAGCAGAUCCCUACGAUGGACUUUAAAAGUCCAAAAGGUCCUAUCACAAGAGCUAAAUUGGCUAAAAACAUCGCCAACUGCGUCAAGCGAUUCAUCGAAGAAAAGGAGAAAGAGCGCAUGGAGAUGGAAGCAGACCGCCGGUGGAGAGUUGGAAACCGUUACAUCAAAGUGGAGGACCUUAUCUUGGUGUCCCUGCACCACAUUUCUAGUGGCAGCUGGCAACCUCAGCUACGUCUACGCACUCCUCUGAGUCAAAUUCAACUUCGCCGCACACCUCACGUUCUGCCUCCCAGCGCAUAG